UCCUCAACCAACAACUCAAGAAAAGCAAAAUCUGCUCCAAUCAUGAGCGAGGAAUUAAUCAUAGCUUCUUCCCUUGUUCGAAGGUUCACCUUUGAUGAUCUUAAGGUGGCAACAAGGAAUUUUAAAGCUGAGAAUUUUCUUGGUGAGGGUGGAUUUGGAACUGUAUUGAAAGGUUGGAUCAGUCAGUUUGGGAACUAUCCAUCAAGGUCUGAAGGGGGACUUCCAGUUGCUGUCAAGUGCCUAAAGCCGAAUGGAUUUCAGGGUCACAGAGAAUGGCUUGCUGAAAUUUGUUAUCUCAGUGAACUUCAUCAUCCCAAUCUGGUCAAAUUGAUUGGCUUUUGCAUGGAAGAUGAGAAAAGGCUGCUUGUAUACGAGUUCAUGCCUAGAGGAAGCUUAGAAAACCAUCUCUUCAAGAGGUGUGUGCCACUUCCAUGGCCCAUUAGAGUUAAAAUUGUGCUUGGUGCCGCAAAGGGCCUUGCUUUUUUGCAUGAGGAAGCUGCAAGGCCAUUGAUUUUUCGAGACUUCAAAACAUCUAAUAUCCUCUUGGAUGCGAACUUCAAUGCAAAACUUUCCGACUUUGGGCUGGCUAAAGAUGCUCCAGUUGGAGAUGCAAGCCAUGUGUCAACAAGAGUUAUGGGAACACAAGGUUACGCUGCUCCUGAGUAUGUCAUGACAGGACACCUCACAUCAAAGAGUGAUGUGUAUAGUUUCGGGGUGGUUCUACUUGAAAUGUUGACUGGUAGAAGAGCUAUAGAUAAACGAAAGCCAAGAGGGCAGCAGAACUUGGUGGAAUGGUUGCGUCCCCAACUUAGGAAGAAAGCAAGUUUGCACUAUAUGAUGGAUCCAAGACUUGAAGGUAAUUUCUCAUUAAUUGGUGCUCAUAGGGCAAUGAAGUUGGCUACUCAAUGCCUUCACCCUGAUCCAAAAGCAAGACCCCUCAUGAGUGAAGUGGUUCGUAUGUUGAAGUCUUUGCCUCUUCGUGAUGAUGUAGCUUCUAGUUCCUCAACCUCUCUUAGGAAAAUGCAGGGAGCACCCUCUAACAACCGUGCUAAUCGAUAUGGUUUGAGGACUGGUUCAUCGUCAAACGUGCCAAGGCGUUUUCAAGCCUCGCCAUUGAGCCUUGACUACCCUCUUCCUUCACCAGCUCCUAAUGGUGGAAAAGCUUGA